AUGGCCUGCUGCACUACUAGCUUCUGUGGAUUCCCCACCUGUUCUACUGGUGGCAACUGUGGCUCCAGCUGCUGCCAGCCCAGCUGCUGCCCAACUAGCUGCUGCCAGCCCAGCUGCUGCUCGGCCAGCUGUUGUGGAUCUGGCUGUGGUGGCUUUGGUGGUGCCCAGGGGGGCAGCGGUGGAGCUAUGACCUGCCGCGUCAGGUGGUGCCGCCCUGACUGCCGUGUGGAGGACACCUGCCUACCCCCCUGCUGUGUGGCCAGCUGCACCCCCCCAACCUGCUGCCAGCUGCACCAUGCCCAGGCCUCCUGCUGCCGCCCAUCCUACUGUGGACAGUCCUGCUGCCGCCCACAGUGCUGCUGCUACUGCUGCUAG